AUGACCAUUUUAAGUUGGAAUUGUCGGGGGCUUGGGAACCUACGGAAUUUACAAUUCCUUAAGGAUUUGGUAAUCCAAAAGAGACCCAAAAUAGUCUUUUUAUGUGAAACACUUUGUGGCAAAGAGGUUGUGGAACGGGCCAAAUUUAGUUUGGGCUUCGAUAGUGCUAUUAUUGUUGAAGCCCAAGGUCAUAGUGGAGGAAUAGCACUGUUGUGGAAAAACAAAGAGGAGCCGGUUUGGCGAUUGGUGGGUAUGUACGGUGAACCAAACACAAGUCUAAGACACAACACAUGGAGACUUAUCAAACAUCAAGCUCAAGAUACUCGGUGGCCAUGGGCGAUUAUUGGAGACUUGAACAACGUUACCAGCCAGGAUGAUAAGCAUGGGGGAAGACCGUACCCGAUAAGCUUAAUCCAAGGUUUCAACCAGAUACUUUUUGAGUGUGAAUUGACUGAUAUGGAGUUGGUUGGACACCCUUAUGCCUGGGAAAAAUCCCGUGGAACUUCAAGAUGGGUGGAGGUUAGGCUUGACAGAGCUUUAGUGUCGAAACAAUGGUUGGAAGUUUUUAAUUCUUCAAAGCUUUUUAAUUUGAAUUUUUCAUCUUCGGAUCAUUGCCCUAUUUAUCUAGAGUCGAUUAUUGUUAAGAAUGUGUAUGGUCCGAAAAAAUUCAAAUUUGAGAACGCUUGGUUACGUGAGCCUUUAUGUCUUCAAGUUGUCAAAGAUGUGUGGGAGAGGGAACCGCGGUUGGAUGAUCAAAAUAAAAUCAAGAUGUGUGGUGAUGCCCUGAGUAUCUAUGGCAAGGAUUACAUUGGCGAUUUCAAUACAAGGAUAAAAGAGGCUAAGUUGACUUUGAAGCAACUUAAAGGAAGACGUGAUGAGGAGUCGGUCAAGCAAUAUGACGAGGCUGAAAAGAGCUUGUUUGAGAUUCUUACCCAACGAGAGUUGUUUGCUACUUCCCAUUCAAUGGGCGAUGAGGUACAUCAAUGUAUUGAUCCUUGUAUUUCUCCUAAAACUAAUGAUUGGCUUAUGAAAGAGAUUUCAGAUGAGGAGGUGCGUAGUGCUGUGUUUCAGAUGCAUCCUGAUAAAGCACCAGGGCCCGAUGGAAUGACGCCUGGUUUUUACCAGAAGUAUUGGAAAGUGGUUGGUAGUGAUGUGAUUAAGCUGGUUCGAUCCUAUUUUGGUACGUCUACUCUUCCUGAGAGUUUGAAUGAUACUAGUCUGGUUUUGAUUCCUAAGAAGUCAAAUCCAGUUUGUUUGGCUGAUUUGAGACCGAUUUCUUUUAUGCAAUGUGGUGUAUAA